UCGAGCACUAACAUGUGGUGGCGUUAGUCAGCCAGACACGACACGUAACUCCACCACACACUUCAACUACACUUUAUCCUGUCAUCUAACAAUACCCUUGGCUUUCGAUGACUACCGCUACAUGGACAAGAAGCUCAAUAGAGGCCGCGCAUCCUCAAUCAUGCACUCAAAAAAGGCACAGAUGUUCCCCCCAGCUCUCAUUCCCAUUCAUGACAGACUCGGACGCAACUCAUCAACUCCAAAUUAGGCAGCGGCGAAAAUCUCUUUAUUUAACGACCAUACACGACUGGUAUAUAAUCGCGAUAUUUCACAGACUACAAACCUACACCAGAAUCUCACGAUUGUGUUGGUCAACUGUCGCUCUUGGUUACCCUCACAGCCGACCCCUGAAGUCAGGGGUGCUUGGAUAUCUCUAUAUGGACGAAGAUCGGUUCGCAUGCCAUGCGCUUGUGUUACUCUGUUCAACAGUUUAACCAGACGGAAUUACUUGUGGCUGUCAACUAUGCAAGCAUUGCAAUAAAGUUGAACCGCAUCGACCUUGCGAGCGGAUAUUGCACAACCGGCCUUUGGCAUAUAUAUCAAAAUGAUUGUUGGUUGAUGAGUUGGCUCACUACCACCAAACUUUGAUAUGAUCCACGAGGACGCAAAUAUGCUUUCCCCUUUGAGCAUGUGACGCAUUCACUGCGGGGCCAUGCAUAUUGCUGGCCGGUGUGGUGAUUUUGACUUUGCAUUCACCACAGUGGAAGCUCAGCGUGAAUCAGCCAGCUGCCUGCCAGCUGCACCCCGCGCCCACCACCGUUACCGCAGCCCAUGCCUUCAUUAACAAUCACAACAGAGUCUCUGUCAACAAGCGGGGGGCCUCUGGGGGUGACAUGGCGGAGUGGUUCAUCCCAGGAGUUCUGGGCAGCGGCGCUGCCCAGAGCUUCUGAGUUCGAAUCACAGCCGUCAUGCCACCUUACAAACCCCCCUCAGAGACUCUGUAUGGCCCCUGGCCCCCCUAGGAUGGGGACGCCUGUACUAGGGAAGCGACGAGGCCAUAAGUGUGAGCAAAGAAAAUACCCAGGCGAAAGCAGGGCGCGCAGUAGAUCCACCGCUUAGAGAGUGGAUGCUGGGCGUGUAAGUAAGUAUGUAAGUAGUUAAUAUUUAAUAAUAGUAAUAAUU